CUAAAGCACUGUUUGUAUUCUAAAAGUGAAAAGAUGCUGGGAGCCAGGGAUCUGGGAGCCAGGGUAAUAAUUCAGUCCUUCCCAGAGGAGCCCAGCUUCGUCAAGCUGCAGGGAGUGCAGUUUCGAGACCUCGGGCAGGCCUUCCAUAAGCAUCAGAGCUCACUCACUUUGGUGGGAACUAUGAUUGGUUCCUAUCUCCAGAGCUGUUCAGUGUGGGGCUCCUUCAGCAGAGGCCUUAGCAUGCACAGGACCUGGGGCCUGAGGGUGGAUAGUAAUAUAUUCUACAAGAUCGCAGGUCAUGCUCUGCUGAUAGGGACCUAUAUGGACAGAAUGUUUACCACCAGUGAGACUAUUAUUGGAGGAAAAAAUGACUGGUGGGCACAGGGAAGUACAAUUAGAAACAAUGUGAUCAUCAGUAUUUCUGGGGCUGAGGGACUGUCCAGUCCUGAAGUGUUGGCACCAGCUGGCAUCUACACUUUAAGUCCUACCAAUGUGAUAGAGGGCAACAGAGUGUGUGCAGUUGGCUAUGGCUAUGUUUUCCACCUUAUGACUCGUCAAACAUCACAAGCUCCCCUCCUCUCAUUCAAGUUGAACACUGCUCAUUCUUGUACAAGGUAUGGUCUCCUUAUAUAUCCCAAGUUUCAGCCAACUUGGAAUAAUGACACUGGCCUCACUCUCUUCCAAGAUUUCAUGGUUUGGGGAAGUGCAGGUGGUGCCCAGAUUUUUAGAAGUAACAAUCUCCACCUGAAAAACUUCCAAGUUUAUGCAUGCAGAGAUUGUGGAAUUGACAUUUUGGAAAGUGAUGCAAACACUCUGGUUACUGACAGCUUUCUACUUGGUCACUUCACACACAAGGGAAGUCUAUGUAUGUCAGCUGGGAUUAAAACUCCCAAGAGAUGGGAACUGAUGAUUUCUAAUACCACUUUUGUCAAUUUUGAUCUGAACUGUGUGGCCAUUAGAACCUGUUCUGGCUGUUCCCAAGGACAGGGUGGAUUUACUGUGAAGACCAGGGAGUUAAAGUUUGAAAACUCUCCAAAUUUAGUAGCAUUUCCGUUUCCUCAUGCAGCAGUUCUGGAAGACUUGGAUGGGUCCCUGUCUGGGAAAAAUGGAAGUCACAUUCUUCCUUCUAUGGAAACUCUCUCAGAUACAUGCUCGGCUAAUGCAAGCUUCAGUCACAUUGCCCCAGGCACCAUCUGUCCCGAUGGUGUUCUCUUUCAUCGUAUGUCUAUUGGUUUAGAUAAGGCCCUUGGUGUUCCUAAGGAUUUAAUUGUGACUGACAGCAGAAAUAAGACAAUCACUGUCAAUUAUGUAAGUGACACCUUGUCUAACUACUAUGGCUGGAUGGCUCUUCUCUUGGAUCAAGAGACUUAUUUACUGCAGUUUCCCAACCAUUGGAUGGACAGAUCUUUACAGUAUUCAGCAACGUUUGACAGAUUUGCCUCAAGAAAUCACCUCCUGCUGUUGCACAGAGACCUACCUCCUCACCCAGACAUUCUCAUCAGAUGUGGGAGUCGCGUGGGUCAGUCACUUCCAUCUCCCCCUUUGCCCAGUCAUGACAGAGGCUGUGAUUGGUUCUUCAACAUCCAGUCGAGGCAGCUCACUUAUCUGGUUUCAGGUGAGGGUCAAGUUCAGGUGUUUCUUCAAGUGAAGGAAGGUGUGCCUCCAACUGUUUCUGCUUCUACAUCUGUCCCUGAUUCAGCUUUAAAAUGGUCCCUUCCUGAAACAUGGCAAGAUGUUACAAAAGGCUGGGGAGGAUACAAUCAGACCAUCCCAGGACCUGGUGAUGACGUAUUGAUUUUACCCAACAGGACUGUUCUGGUGGACACUGAUCUCCCAGUGCUUAGACGCCUCUACGUGAUGGGGACCUUGGAAUUCCCUGCAGACAGAAGCAAUGUUCUGAGUGUGGCAUGCUUACUCAUUGCAGGAGGGGAGCUGAAAGUAGGUUCUUUAAAAAAUCCCUUAGAAAAAGAACAAAGAUUCCUGGUUCUCCUUCGAGCUUCAGAAGAAAUCUUUUGUGACCAUUUUGAUGGGAUUCAUGUUGAUCCAGGAACAAUUGGAGUUUAUGGGAAACUUCACCUUCACAGUGCGUAUCCUAAGAAAUCCUGGGUACACCUUGGAGCUGAUUUUGCACCAGGAAAUGAGAGAAUCAUAGUGGACGAUGUGGUGGAUUGGCAGCCCCAUGACAAAAUAGUCCUCAGCUCUUCUUCGUAUGAACCUCAUGAGGCAGAGGUCCUCACAAUAAAGGAGGUCAAGGGCCAUCAUAUCAGGGUCUGUGAACGCCUCAGACACCGGCACAUUGGAAGUGCCCACAUCAUGGAGGAUGGUCAACACAUUCCUCUGGCUGCCGAGGUUGGACUGUUGACAAGGAACAUUAAAAUUCAGUCUGACUCAUCAUGUAGAGGGAGACUCCUUGUGGGGUCCUUCAGGAAGUCUAGCAGAGAAGAGUUUUCUGGUGUUCUUCAACUUCUAAAUGUAGAAAUUCAGAACUUGGGGUCACCAUUGUAUUCAUCCAUUGAAUUCAUGGGUGUGUCAGCUGGAUCCUGGGUAAUAUCUUCUACUGUACAUCAAAGCUGCGGUGUGGGCAUCCAUGCAUCUGCCAGUCAUGGGAUGGUUUUAAAUGACAAUGUAGUGUUUGGCACCAGUGGCCAUGGCAUUGAUCUGGAGGGUCAGAACUACUCUCUCACUAAUAAUCUUGUCAUCCUGACGAUGCAGUCAGCAAGGUCAUCUCCUUGGGUGGCAGGAAUCAAAGUGAACUAUGCAAAGGAUAUCAUUCUCCAUGGCAAUGUGGUGGCAGGAUCAGAAAGACUUGGCUUUCACAUAUGUGGCCAUGGGUGCUCCUCUGACGUACUUUGGUCUGACAAUGUAGUUCACUCAAGCCUCCAUGGCCUUCACCUCUACAAGAAACAUGAACCUGCCAACUGUACUGGUGUCUCUGGAUUUCUGGCUUUUAAGAACUUUGAUUAUGGUGCCAUGGUACAGACAGAGAAUAGUGUGGUCCUGCAGAAUAUCACUCUGGUCGACAAUACUAUUGGUCUUUUGGCAGUGGCAUAUGUAUCUUCUGCUCCCCUGAGCUCCAUCCAAGCUGUGCAGAUUGUGCUUAGGAAUUCAGUCAUUGUGGCCACUAGUUCCUCUUUUGACUGCAUUCAAGACAGAAGGGCACCACAGUCAGCCAACUGGACAUCAACAGAUAGAGCACCUUCCAAUCCCAGAGGAGGCCGGAUUGGUAUUCUGUGGCCAGUUUUCACCUCAGAACCAAAUCAAUGGCCCCAGGAGCCAUGGCAUAAGCUGAGAAGUGGCCAUGCAGUUUCAGGAAUUAUAAAGCUUCAAGAUGUCACAUUUUCUAACUUUGUGAAGAGUUGCUAUAGUGGUGACCUGGAUGUCUGCAUCCUGCCUAAUGAGUAUAGCACUGGAAUCAUGUACCCAAUAACAGCAGAGAGAACCAGGAUGCUAAGGAUGAAGGACAAAAACAAGUUCUACUUUCCUCCAUCACAGCCCAGCAAAGACUUAGAGGGAACCAUUUGCCUUGAAUCUGACUGGGAAAGUGCUAGAAAAUACCUCUUUACAGAUCUGGAUGGGAGAACCUUGGGUCUGCCUCCACCAGUUUCUGUGUUUCCAAAGAGGGAGCCAGAAUGGACUGGAUCAUUCUUCAACACAGGUUGGUUAUGUCUGACCAUGAUGCCUAUGGCAAAUGCAGCAGGCAUGCAAAAGAGCUUGUGGCUCUGUUGUUCUGUGAGAACAAAAAUAUAUUGGACAGGAUCCAAAGUCUCAGAUUGGAAUCUGUACUGAUGUCCUACAAAAUCACAUAUAUAACAGGGACACUUAGUCAUUAAAGAUACUGUGACAUUACUACUGUGACCUCUAUGGAUGCCUGUGUCUAUGUCAAAUGUACAUAUUAUCAUCAUCAC